CCUCCUUUGACGCUAACGAUGCCGCGAGAGCUCAGCCGUCUCCCUUAUAUAGCUCUGUCGCCUAGAUGGUCCUAUUCGCAGACGCCUCCACAAUGUGGAUAGAUGUACAUUCUCGCAUUCGACAACGCAGAACUAUUUCGUUCACUGGGGAUUUCAAACACUGCAAGAUGGUCACUUAUCUCUUGUGGUUGGUAUCUGAAGGAGAUUCUCAACCUUCCUCAAACGACAAAGGGAUUGCUUACAGUCCAGUGGAGAUAGGACAUGGGUUCUCGGUAAUGCUCAAGCAGGCUGAGACCGACGAAUACCUAGAUGUGGGUCUGCCUCCUGGGUACAGGCUGCAUUCCUAUCUCUGGAAGGAAGGCAGGGGUGCAUAUCGGUACGAGCAUCGUGUCUAUGAUCGGACUGAAUGUUCCCGUUGGAGUUGCAUGGAGUUGCGGGAAGCUCUGGAAGGGAUACAACCUGUCGUGUACGCAACGAUAUUCAGAGACCUGGAUGACGGCGGACAAAUGCAGAAAGACUUCACCCAUGUCCAGGAUAGGCGACAUAAGCAAAGUUCGAUUUCGGUAAAUCGACUCACCCAGAAGUCGAACGUUAGGAAGAGGAGUCCUACCAGAACAUCCCGAAUCGAGUUGAGGAGGACAAUGGAAUCGCUCGAUUUGACAGGACAACUGGAACCUUCGUAUGUCAAUACGCAAAGUAGCCAGGACAAGAACUUUGCCUACAGCCGAAGUAGCAGCGCAAACAUAUCGUCGCCUAGCGGAACUGCCACUACGACUGUCAUCUCGUCCUCGCUGUUUGACGGAGUAUGCAUUCAGCCGGACGCUUGUCCUGCUGAAGAGGGUAUCGAAGUCGAGAUGUAGCGAUCUGCGGUGGAACCCUCCAAAUUGAACCUGGACCGCGAAUGUCGGUGAUGGACGAGAGAAUGUCAUGUAUCGCCCUUAUACCUCCAAGCUUGCGUUAUCAGUAGCCAGAACUAGCAGUUAUGACUCUUCCUUUCAUGCAUAUGUAUCCCUAUGG